AUGUUCUUGAAAGAGGUGAGCGGUAGACGCUUGUCCCUCACACUGCUGUUGUGCUUGCUUCACACGAUAUGUCCGCAAAGCAUCUGUGCAGGGAAAAAUACCAAAUGGGUCUACAAAUCCGAUGCAGUAAAAGUGCCCCUUGAGUUGUCCUCUCCGUCCACAAGGAUAAUAACAAAGUGGAGUAAAAACGCAGGAAGGAUAAGACAUGUGGACAACCCCCACUUUAUAAGCAAUACAAAUAUAAGCCGGCGGAAAAAGAAAAAAUCAAUUUCCAUAUAUAGCAGAAAAUGUAGUGGAUAUCGAAACACGAGAGAAGGGAAAAACGAAAUGAUAAGAAAAAUAAAAAGAAUUUUAAAAGUAACAAAGUUAUUAAUACAGUUCAACAGUUUCAAGUUAACGCCAAAUAUGAGAAUGGAUUUGUUGAUAAAUUUGCCCAGACCACAUGUACGUGUUCAUAUGGUUAAGAACACGUUAAUGAAGCUAGCUGUAGAGAAGACGCCAUUUGAAGCCAUCGUACCCUACCUGAAGGAAAGCAACACCUAUAUGUUUAUUAUGGAUGAAAAAUAUAUUGCCUUUACUCUGUAUGGAAAUAAAUCUUUCAGUUCAAUGUAUAAGGAAUAUAAAAUAAACAACUCUAUCAAAAUGGCUGUUUAUGAGAAUACAAUUUUGAACAAAAGUGAAACGGAAAAUUUAAUAAAUUUAAAAACACACAGUUUUUAUUUUGGGCAAGUGGUGAACAAGCUGGUCCAAUUAAUUGGGGAUAUUCCACGCUCCAUUAUGCAGGUCCCUGCGUCUAUAGCGCGUGGUAUUUAUUUGCACACACAGAAGGGUGCCAACACGGGGCAGUCACAGUGA